AUGCUGAAGGAAGCCGUGCAGGCCCGCGUCCUGCGCUCUGGUGCGAGCCCAGGAGCAGAGCCCCGGGCACCGCCGCCGCCGGAGCAGAAGCCGCCCGAGCCCGCCGCAGCCGCCGCCCCUCCGGCAGCUCAGGCGGCUCCCCAGGCCCCGCCUGCAGCCGGGCCGCCGCCGGAGGAGCCGGGGCACUUCACGAUGAGCCCGGUCGGCAGCACGAGAGAGUCCAUCGGAGGCGUAUUCGAACAGUACGUCGCCCGGGCCGAGCCGCAGCUGUUGGCGACGCUGGAGCAGUGGCAGGGCCUGGAGCCGCUGCUGCAGGAGGAGGGCGCCGGCGCGCUGGAGUGGUUCUGGCUCCGGAGGGAGGGUGGAGCAGGCCCCGACAAGCCCGACGGAUUGGCGGUGUUCAAGCUCAAGAGGGCCAGCAUGGUCUUCGGGCAGCUGCUGCACCUCUCGCUGACGGACCUGUCCUGGUUCGACGACGCGCUGGAGGCAGUGAAGCGGAAGAUGUUCACCCUGCUGCCGAUAGUGUCGAUCCGUACCACCCUGUGGUACCAGCAGGGCGACAAGGGCCUCCAGAUCGACAAGGGCGUCGAGGCGCUCUUCAAGCAGCGGGGGUUCAAGUGGUUCCAGCUCCAGAACGCGCCCGGCAGGCGCGGCCAGGUCAUGGAGUGCAAGAGGGGGAAGACGCCUGACUUCCCUCCGCAGCCUCCGGAUCUGCCCGGCGUCGUCCUAUGCUCGGGCCAGGCGUGGGUGCGGGGCGCUUCAGGCUCCGCUGGGUUGCACGGCUCGCGCAGCCGAGGCCACCAACCUCACCCUGGCCGCCGCCUGCCUGCGCCACUUCCUCGCCAAGGACAGCGGCGAGGCGAAGAGCGCCGGCGAGGCCGCGGCGGCCCCCGCCACGGAGGCCGCCAGAGAGAGCCUCACGCAGGCGCUCCUCUCUGGUGA